CCGAGCUGGGAAAAGAUGCCAAAAGAUGGGACUGUACAGAGGGCCGCUGGCGAGGUCACUGGCCUCAAAGACUACCAACUGGGUGACUGCCUUGGCAAAGGUGCCUUUGGCAGUGUCUACCGUGCCUUGAACUGGGGUACCGGCGAAACAGUUGCGAUCAAGCAAGUCAAAUUGGCAGAUCUGCCGAAAGGACAGUCUCGCGCAAUCAUGAUGGAAAUUGAUCUGCUCAAGAAUCUUAAUCACGCGAACAUUGUCAAGUACAAUGGCUUUGUCAAGUCUGCUGAAUCCUUGUACAUUAUUCUCGAGUAUUGCGAGAACGGUUCGCUACAUUCUAUCUGCAAAAACUUUGGCAAAUUCCCAGAAAAUCUUGUCGCCCUGUACAUGACCCAGGUUCUCAACGGCCUGCUAUACCUUCACGAACAGGGUGUCAUCCACAGGGAUAUCAAAGGCGCAAACAUUCUUACGACAAAGGAGGGUCUAGUCAAGUUGGCCGAUUUCGGUGUUGCGACGCGGAAGGAUACUGGUCUUCAUGAGAGUAGCGUAGUCGGUACCCCUUAUUGGAUGGCUCCUGAAGUCAUCGAACUAUCUGGUGCUACCACUGCUUCGGAUAUCUGGAGUCUCGGGUGCACGGUCAUCGAAUUGCUUGACGGAAGACCUCCAUAUCAUAAACUGCAACCCAUGCCAGCCCUGUUCCGCAUCGUCAACGACGACCACCCACCGCUUCCCGAAGGAGCUUCUCCGGCCGUUCGCGAUUUUCUCAUGCAGUGUUUCCAAAAAGAUCCUAACCUCAGAGUCACAGCCAAGAAACUAUUACGGCAUCCCUGGAUCCUCAGUGGCAGACGUUCUGAUCAACCUGUCGCAAAACCCACACAGUACGACGAAGCUGUAAAGAGUGUUCAGCAAUGGAACGAAGCACUCAAGUCGCCACAGAACACAUCAUCGAGGCGCUCUUCGUCGAGACCACUCUCACUGAGUCCUGUUCCUCCGAGACCUGAUGUUGGAUCACAUCUGAGGACUCCAGCAAUCAACAAAGGAGGUUUGGUAUUGGCGCACAGAGCAAACGACACCAAACCUUAUCAAUCACCCGAAAGUGAUGCCAAAGAUAACUGGGACGAUGACUUUGCGACUUCCAUUGGUAACGCAGCUCUGCAGUUGCCGCAUCUGAAACCUCACGACAAUUUCGCUGGCAUGUUAUCAUCAGACAAACUCAAGCAGUAUGCUACCUUCGAUGUGAACGCAGACGAGGAAGAAGGUGACAACUGGGAUGACAAUUUUGAGGGAGACCUUACAGUGAGAAGCCCAAUGGAGGUCAUUCGUGCACAAAAGGCUCUGGAGAAGACUGAAAAGGACAACUCGUCGAGGACGCAGAUUCUUCGACCAAUGCACAAAUCAACAAAAUCGAUGCCCGAGCCCAAGCCGACAGAAGCUCCCAUACGUCCGUCACUAAUGUACAGAGAAAACUCGACAGAAGAUUACUCUGAUCUGCUCGGACCGGACAACGACUCGGUCUUCCGUCAGAAACUUGCAGCACUCACAAUUCGAAGCGACGAUUCGUUCACUCCAAAACUGUUUCACCCCUCAGACCUGAAGAGUCUGCCUCGACCAAGCUCGCGUAUAGGUCACAUGCGCGGAGCAUCUGCUCAAAUACACGAUGCUGCAGCGAUGCGUAGAACCCGCUCUGAAGUGGAGAUUCAAAAGUAUGCCGAAGACCCUGAAGAUGAAGACUUUUCGGACAUCUUUGGCAAAGAAGAUGAACAGCAAACACCGCAGCCCGAAAGUGAGAGCGGAUCCGAAAUCGGCACGCUCAUGCUCAACUCGAAACUCUCGAGUCACUCAUGGCUUGGGGAUGAAGAGGACGAGGAUGAUCCGUUCGCUCAACUUGAGGAAGGCUUUGACGAGAUGGACCUGGAAACCAACAUCGCUCGUGACAAGUUUGCUCGCUUAGUGACUCUCGUCGAGGGCUUGGUCGGCUCACUCAAAGUCUCGCAGCCUGAGGACUAUUUGCAAGAUAUCGUGGACCAACUGUUCCAAGUGCUGUGGGAGUCCCCUGAGGUCAAGACUGUAGUCAUGUCUUCGCACGGCAUGUUGCCUAUCCUGGAGAUCCUGGAGACAUGCAAUCGCCCGACAACCAUUCUGAGACUCCUUCAAGUUGUCAAUUUGAUCAUCAUGGACAAUGUCGAGAUACAAGAGAAUCUUUGCUUCGUUGGUGGUAUUCCGAUCAUCACACGCUUUGCACAAAAGAGGUACAGCAGCGAUAUCAGACUGGAAGCAGCUGCGUUCGUUAGGCAGAUGUAUCAGACCAGCACGCUUACUCUCCAGAUGUUUGUCAGUUGUGGUGGUCUGAAUGUCUUGGUUGAGUUCCUCGAGGAAGACUAUGACGCGGAGAGAGACCUCGUAUUGAUUGGAGUCAAUGGUGUUUGGAGUGUAUUCGAAAUGCAAGGUCCGACACCAAAGAACGACUUCUGUCGAAUCUUUUCACGCAGCUCGGUUUUGUACCCAUUAUCCUUGGUGCUCAACCGGGUUUUGGAGGAAGAAGGCGAACUCGCCGAGCUGGUCGAAGGGCGCAUCGUCAACAUCUUCGUCUUAUUCUCUCAAGCGGAGAACCACGUAAAGGAAACGGUUGCUGAUCGCAUGGUCUUGAAGCGCGUGUUGAAAGACCUGAAACGCAUGUCACCUCAGCACCAAAUCACCAUGCUCAAGUUUAUCAAGAACUUGUCCAUGCUUGCAACCACACUCGACGCUCUGCAGAAUUCGAACGCCAUCGAGGUUUUGACCGACCUUUUGAACGCUAGCAUGAAAGUACCACACUUCCGCGAGAUCUCAAACCAAGUUUUGAACAUCAUGUACAAUCUGUGCAGGUUGAGCAAGACCAGACAAGAAGAUGCUGCGCUGAAUGGAGUCAUUCCCCUACUGCAGCGCAUCGUUAAGACCGAGCGUCCGUUGAAGGAAUUUGCAUUACCUAUCUUGUGUGAUAUGGCACACUCUGGCAAAGUUGGCAGGAAGAUCCUAUGGCAGAACAAGGGUUUGCAGUUCUAUGUCAGUCUGCUAGCGGAUCAGUAUUGGCAGGUCACGGCGUUGGAUGCCAUCUUCGUUUGGUUGCAAGAAGAGACUGCAAAGGUAGAAGAACAUCUCCUGAGAGACGACAGCUUCUCCCAAGCAAUAAUCAACUGCUUCAACCACAGCAAGGCAGACAGCUUCGAGAAUUUCCUUGAACCUCUACAGAAGCUUUUGCGUCUCAGUCCUCCCCUCGCCAGCUCUCUCAUACACCCCGAUCUCUUCUCACGCACAGCCCAGAAGCUUCGCACCAAGAAGGCUUUGGUCCGUCUCAACUUGCUAAGAAUCAUUCGCAGCAUCUGCGACUCUAGUGACGAAGAUGGCGCGCUCAUUCACACUUUCGGCUUGCACCCCAUCAUCGCCGAAACUGCCAAGUACGACCCAGCUAUUCUGGUACGUGAGAUGGCAUCAGAUUUGAUCAAGUCGUCCGAACUGCACGUCUCCCGGGCUGUCCACAAUGCUCGCGUCGGUGAUGUCAGCAAUCGUCGCCAACUGCGUCGUUCGAGCUCUUCCACAAUGGUACCCACCAACAACUCCCUUCCUCCCACACCAACCACCGAUCGCAUACCGGGCCGCAUAAGCAGCUACUUUGACCCCUCAGCCGACCUGCAACGUCCAUUCUCACGCGGUGCUACCGGCAUGGCGUCACCAUAUCGACCGAUCAGUCGCGACGGAGGGUCUGGCGGCUCAUCAACAGGCUGGAGCGCAUCAGCC